AUUUAAUGCCUGCUCAGCCUCACACACUGAAGAGUAUAUCACAGGAUUCAGGGUCCGUUUAAACGUGUAAAUAUGCCAGAUGCUGCUGGUCACUUGCCUUUCUAUUAUGGCAGCAUUUCUCGAGCUGAUGCUGAAGAGUUUCUCAAAUUGGCAGGAAUGAUGGAUGGCCUUUUCUUACUAAGGCAGUGCCUGCGAACUCUUGGUGGUUAUGUUCUCUCGGUGGUAUUCAACCUUCAGUUUUACCACUACCCUGUAGAGAGGCAACUAAAUGGCACAUAUGCUAUAUAUGGAGGAAAACCUCACUGUGGCCCAGCAGAACUUUGUGAGUAUUACUCUAAAGAUGAAGAUGGGUUAUGUUGUGUUCUUCGUCGACCCUGCAAUCGGCCAAAUGGAGUGGAAUGCCAGCCUGGAGUAUUUGAUCAUAUCAGAGAUAAUAUGAUGAGAGAAUAUGUCAGGCAGACAUGGAAACUAGAGGGAGAUGCUUUGGAACAAGCGAUCAUUAGCCAAGCCCCGCAGGUGGAGAAACUCAUUGCUACAACUGCUCAUGAAAAAAUGGCAUGGUACCAUGGGAACACAAGCAGAGAAGAAGCUGAGCGAAAAUUAUACUCUGGAACACAGCCAGAUGGAAAAUUUCUGAUAAGGGAGAGAAAAGAAUCUGGUACCUUUGCCCUGUCAAUAGUUUAUGGAAAGACCAUAUAUCAUUAUAAAAUUGAUCUUGACAAGUCUGGGAAGUAUUCAAUACCUGAAGGCACUAAGUUUGAUACGUUGUGGCAGCUUGUGGAGUACUUAAAACUCAAAUCGGAUGGAGUUGUUACAGUUCUGAAGGAAGGCUGUCCAAAUGGCAACAUAGUUCCUGGAUUGUGUGCCAUUCCACCAUCACUUCCAAAACAUAGACAACCAUCAGCUAAUUUUGACGGAUACAGCCCUGAACCUUUCCUUGCUGGUAUGAAACCUAGGAUUUUACCCAUGGAUACCAGUGUAUAUGACAGUCCCUACAGUGACCCAGAAGAACUGAAGGAACGCAAGGUCUUCUUAAAAAGAGAACUUCUUCUGAUAGAUGAAGUAGAAUUGGGCUCGGGAAAUUUUGGCUGUGUUAAAAAGGGGGUUUACAAGAUGAAAAAACGUCAAAUAGAUGUGGCCAUUAAGAUUUUGAAGAUACAAGAUGACAAUGAUAAGUCUGUGAAAGAUGAGAUGAUGAAGGAAGCAGAAAUCAUGCAUCAACUAGACAAUCCAUACAUUGUUAGAAUGAUUGGGGUGUGUAAGGCAGAAAGCCUCAUGCUGGUUAUGGAAAUGGCAUCUGGAGGACCGCUGAACAAAUUCCUAUUAGCAAAAAAGGAUGAGGUUCCAGUCAAUAACGUAGUUGAACUAAUGCACCAAGUGUCGUUGGGAAUGAAAUAUCUUGAAGAACACAAUUUUGUACACCGUGAUUUGGCUGCUCGCAACGUUCUUUUGGUGAACCAGCAUUAUGCAAAGAUCAGUGACUUUGGGCUCUCUAAGGCACUUGGAGCAGAUGAAAGUUAUUAUACGGCUCGACAAGGUGGGAAAUGGCCUUUGAAAUGGUAUGCCCCUGAAUGCAUAAACUUUCGCAAGUUUUCCAGCCGAAGUGAUGUAUGGAGCUAUGGUGUCACCAUGUGGGAAGCAUUCAGCUAUGGACAGAAACCCUACAAGAAACUCAAAGGUACAGAAGUUCUGAGUUUUAUUGAGAGAAAUGAGCGUUUGUUAUGUCCUACAAACUGUUCUACAGAAAUGUAUCAACUUAUGUUGGAUUGCUGGACCAUCAAGAUGGAGGACCGACCUGAUUUUGAGAAUGUGGAGUCCCGUAUGAGAAUUUACUAUUACAGUGUUGCUAACAAGGCUGAAGAGGCAGCUACAGCUGAGAUCAAAUAAAAGAAGACAUAAUGAAAAAAGAUGUGAUUCUUUAUGUUUGAAACAUAUUAUAGUCUACUCUUGCUUUAUUUAAUUUUAAACAUCAUAAAUACAAUAAUCAGAUUAUGGGCGUUGUUCUUUCUCAUUCUCCCUCUUCUCCACUUCCUUUUCCUUCUCCUAAAUCUUCUACUCCUCCUUCUUUUCUUUCUUUUAGGGUAUUAGAAUAUGUCCUAGUCAUGUGGUAGGAACACAGGUGCAUGGUCCAUUAAAGGGGUUCUCCGGGAAUUGAGAAAAUGAAAAUACUUAAAUAUUAUUUUAGUAUAAAUAUCUUCCCAAAUACAUUUCAUUAGCUAUAAUGGCUUCUUUGGUCUGGGGAGCAAUCAUUAGGAGAAAUAAAAUGGCAGCUGUCCUAUUUGUACACACAGGCCCACCUCUUUUCUGUGACGCUCUUCUUCCUUCUGCAUAUCGGAAAAAAAGUGUCGAAACAGUGGAUGCACCAAAUUGUGCCACUUUUUAGACAGAUUUUUGAAGCACACAACUUUAGUAAAUCUGGGCCAAAGAUCUUGCGAACCAUGAAGAAUUCUUAAAUUAUAUUGGUAAGAUGUAUAAAUUUUCAUUGUAAAAUGAAUAUGCUUAUUUGUUGAAACUUUAAUUCAUCUUUAAAACAAUGCUUAUCAUCUUUAAAAUAAAAAAAAAACAGCAAUAGAGCUUAUUAAAAUGUGCCUUUUACGCAAAAUAAAGAACUGUACUUGUUAAAAUGUUGAAUUUCAUUAGCUGUAUAUUGAUGUUUAUGCUUGCUAAUAUCAAGUCCACUGUUCACUUUAUUAAUUAGAACUGUGAAAAGCAUUGUUUCUAGAAAUACAGUGGUUAAAGGGAUUGUCUAAGAAAGAUAAAAAUUAAAAUACUCUUACUCUAUAUUAUGUGCAGAGGACACAGCUGAGCCCAGCUGUCAUGUGCACGUAAUAUAGAGCUUCACAGUGCUGAUUGGGCAGAGGAUGGAGUUUACAUAGGGCUCUGUGA